AAAAAUACUUGUCAUCAUGUAAUGCUUAUUAUCCGAGAAAACCUGCGGGCUCUUCACGAAGACCUGCAUGAAAGCAUUGUCCUCUGUUUUGGUAAUGUGAAGCUUCUUCAUAUACAACUCAAAUUUCUCAUUUAUAAUAAUCUCUCAAGAGAAGCGCAUUUACUUGUUGUAUUGUGAUGAGCUACCCACUUGUUCAAGAAACAGCUUCCCAUUUCCCAAAACCCUCACUAAACCCACAAACACAAAACAUCCACAAUUUCGAGCUCAAAUUCAGAGCCAUAUGCAACAAUCUCUUAUCCCUAACCCAAUCAAGAACCUUACCCAAAGGCCUCUCUUUACACGCUCAUAUCAUCAAAUCAGGCAUUCAAAUUAUCCCACUUGUUUCACACCACUUAAUCAACUUCUACUCAAAACUCCAACUCCCACUUCAUUCCACACAAGUCUUCCAUGAAACACCUUUCAAGUCGUCAACCACUUGGAGUUCACUUAUCUCUUCACUUGCCCAAAAUGAACAACCCGUUCUUGCUUUAAGUUAUUUUCGCGAAAUGUUGCGUAAUGGGGUUAGGCCUGAUGAUCAUAUUUUCCCUUGUGCAACCAAAGCGUGUGGGAUUCUUGGUGAUUAUCGUAUCGGGCAAUCCAUUCAUGGGUUUGCUUUGAAAAUUGGGUUUGAGUUUGAUGUGUUUGUAGGGAGUUCUUUGGUGGAUAUGUAUGCGAAAUGUGAGAGGAUUGAGAUUGCUCGUGAAGUGUUUGAUGAAAUGCCUGACAGAAAUGUGGUUACUUGGAGUGGAAUGAUAUACGGCUAUGCUCAAAUGGGUGAGGAUGAGGAAGCUUUGAGGCUUUUUAAACUUGCUUUAAGUGAAGGUUUGGAUGUAAAUGACUUUACCUUUUCGAGUGUGAUUCGUGUGUGUGGGAAUUCCACGUUGCUUGAAUUAGGGAAGCAGAUACACGGGUUGUGCUUGAAAACUAGCUAUGAUUCAUCGAGUUUUAUUGGGAGUGCGUUGAUAUCUUUGUACUCCAAGUGUGGUCUUGUUGAAGGUGCUUAUUGUGUUUUUGAUGAGGUUCCGGUUGGGAAUUUAGGGAUGUGGAACGCGAUGUUGAUCGCUUGUGCUCAGCACGGGCACACGAAAAAGGUAUUUGGGUUGUUUAAGGAAAUGGAGAGUGUUGGAAUGAAGCCGAAUUUCAUUACCUUUUUAUGUGUGCUAUAUGCUUGUAGCCAUGCUGGGCUGGUUCCAGAAGGGAAAUUUUACUUUGAUUUAAUGAAGAAAAAUGGAGUUGAGCCUGGAGAUCAACAUUAUGCUUCCCUUGUCGACUGUUUCGGCCGAGCUGGAAAAUUACAAGAGGCGGUUCAAGUUAUUGAGAAGAUGCCAAUGCAACCAACAGAAUCUGUUUGGGGAGCUUUGUUGACUGGCUGUAGAAUCCACAAGAACACUGAAUUGGCAGCUUAUGUGGCCGACAGGGUCUUUGAGUUAGGUCCUGUUAGCUCAGGUGUACACGUUCUACUGUCCAACGCAUAUGCUGCUGCUGGUAGAUAUCAAGAGGCUGCCAAAGCUAGAAAAAUGCUUAGAGACAGAGGUGUGAAAAAGGAAACUGGUUUGAGUUGGGUUGAGGAAGGAAAUAAAGUACACACAUUUGCUGCUGGAGAUAGGUGUCACUCAAAGUCUAAGGAGAUAUAUGAAAAGUUGGAUGAAUUAGGUGAUUACAUGGAGCAAGCUGGGUAUGUUGCAGACACAAAUUAUGUGUUGCAACAGGUUGCUGGCCAUGAAAAGAGUGAGACUAUCAGGUAUCACAGCGAAAGGUUAGCCAUUGCUUUUGCGCUUAUCAUCUUUCCACCCGAAAGGCCUAUUAGAGUUAUGAAAAACUUGCGUGUAUGUGGCGAUUGUCACAAUGCAAUAAAGAUUAUUUCGAAGUGCACCGAAAGAGUAAUUAUAGUGAGGGAUAACAAUCGAUUUCAUCGCUUUGAGGAUGGGAAAUGCUCGUGUGGCGACUAUUGGUGACUGAACUCCUUAGUGGAGAGGUUGGGAUCACAUCCAUGAAUGCCUUUCAGGUGGGUUUGCAGGUUUAGCUAGCAACUUCUCUGCUUGCUGAUGGAUUUGCUGUUGCCGUCCAAGUAGGAUCACACAUUUUUUUUUUCCCCUUGAUUAAUCUAGGUUGUGUCUGCAUGAUUAUUUUGUGGCUUAAGGACACAUGGAAAAUGGGUCACUUGUCAAUUGAUUAUGAUGUUUUUGACAGCGGAGAUCUCUUUUUCUACUUUAGAAAUGAGGGCUAGGGUGGCCUCAUUUCGCCUUACCAACCCCAGGGGAACUCCAAAUGCAGGCCUAGAUCAUUUGUACAAACAGACUUUUUGGGUGCUAAGAUCCAAAGUCUAUGUCCCGCCGCCCUCGCCCCUAUCUCUAAAGCCACUAACUUCGGUACCCGGGGCAUUUCCCUUACAUGCUGAAGCAAGAAAGCCCCAACCAGAGAAUCUAAUAGAGACAUUACUAUUAAUAUUCUGACCAAAAAAAUAAGACAUUCCAUGCCCUCGGAGAAUGCUUUUACCUAAUUUUGUAUAGCUGAAAGUUGCCAAAUCGGUCGAAAGAAUUGAAAGGAAUGCUGGAAAAAUUAGUUCAUGCCACGACGAUCUAUAUGGAGGGGCAGUUUGGUUGAUGCAUUCCUCUUGAGAAUGAAGAAGAAGAGAGAUCUUCUUUUUCACAGGAAAUUUACAUUCUUUAUCAUGAGUCAAAUCAAUUAUUAUGCAUUAUUCUUUCUUCCUUAACAUCUAAGGAAAUGAUAAGUCAGUUCUUUGGUAUC